GACCCUCACUGGGGAAGAGGCCCUUGAUUGAGAAGGGGUGAGAGGGAGCCGUGAGAGAUCAAACUCCGAACUAAACAGCCAACAUUGUAAAGGUCUAAUUGCAUACUUUGAGAUACAGUCUAUUUGAAAUACACAUUUGAUUACUUUUAAUCAGGCAUUUUUGUUGCAGUUACAAUGUAUGAGAAUGACCUCCAACCAUCUUCUCUCUCUCCAUCUCUCUCUCCAUGCAGGCCCACUUGUAGUAUGUGGUGGGGAAGUUGUUCUCUGCUUGUCUCACAUAAAUAGGAGGUACAGGAGUCCACUCUGUUCCAUGUACCCUGGCUCUCUACGCACUUUCUGCAGGUAACCAUGAUUUCUAUCAAUCACCCCGUAACUUAGUCAUUAGUGGUAUUGAGAGUUCCUCUAAUUGCUUUGUUGCUGUAUGGAGGCAUAGUUAUUGUGACAUUUAUCAAGCAGAGAGGAUGACAUGUUAUUGACUUUGUCUAACCGUUGUUUAUUUGGUUAGAAAUAUGGUUCUAUACAGAGGAUGGACCAACACUGAAUGUGUAGAAGUAGGUUAGGUAAGGGAUGAAGUGAAAACCUACAGGAGGAUAGCUCUCUACGACGAGGGUUGGGUAUUAAUUGACAGCAAGCUGUUAAAUACUGAACCAUACUGACUGACGAGUGACAUGGAUUCGUACAGCUCGCCUCAAUCCGGCAUAGUAUGUUAUCACUUAUUUGGCUAAAUUAUUAUCCAUAGUUGCCUCUUUUGAUACAGCAGCAGUCUUUAAAUGGACUGUUACCUUGAAUGCAAUACUAACAUGUUAAAAUGUGUCAUUUCCUGACAUCAUAUUUUUACUGUCUCUCACUGCAGUUGUUUUCCCAGGAGACAGAUCAGGGUGUGUGUAGAAAACAUGUCUGACAAGGUCUAGUCUAGUUCAUUGCCCUGGAUCACUACACCUAUGAGGCAGAGGAUGCCGAGUUUGGACCUGGAAGUCCUGACCAGGGGUAUCAAACUCCAAUGUCUAUGAACCUGUUGUGUUGGCGUAGUUACCGGACCUGUCACAACUUCCGCCGAAGUUGGCUCCUCUCCUUGUUCGGGCUACGUUUGGCGGUUGACAUCACCGGCUUUCCAGACAUCGCCAUAUUUCAUGUAUCCAUUUGUUUUGUCUUGUUCCCUGCACACCUGGUUUUCAUUCCCCAAUCAAUCUACAUGUAUUUAUUCCUCUGUUCCCCAUCAUGUCUUUGUGUAUGAUUGUUUGUGUUAUGUGUGUAUUGUUGACGCGCCAGACUGGAUUGUUUUUUCCGUGUUAUUUUUCACAAAGAUGUUUAUUGUUAAACAUAAUUCUUGUGACUGUUUUGCGAAUUUUGCACUUUUGCCUAAAUAAAGUGUGCGCCUGUUCACAAAUCUCUGCUCUCCUGCACCUGACGUCGCUACCAGUAUGCACACAUAUGACAGGACCAGUGGGAGGAGGUGUCGAUGACAGUGAUGCGUCCCAGUGUGAUCUCAACAAACAGCCGCUGUGCCAACACCAUGCCUGAAGAUGACAACGAAAUGAUAUUCUUCCACCCUGGAUCACAAUAUCCCAAGACCAGCAUUGAGGCAGGAAUGAACUACACUGUUCGCCUGAGCUUGCCCCUCUACUCUGCACUUAGUGAUGUCCAGUCCCCAUACACACUCAUCGACUUGAACCUGGAGAUCUUCACUGGUUUUGAGGGAGGUGAAGUGGCCACCAACAGUGCCUGGGAUACAUUCCAGCAUUACCGCUGUCUGGAGAACAACCAGAGCGUGGUCAAGAUCGCUUCCACUGACAUCUUCAGCAAAAACAUCUUUAGCGUUUCAGCUCUGCUGCACCCGGGAUCUAAAGGUUUCUGAGGACAGAGUGAGAGACUGAGACGUUCGGUAAUGGAAAGAGACAGUGAGAAGCAGAGGGAGGGAGGGAGUAGAGGAACACAAGGGUUGGAAAGGUGAGGCGAAGUGCGAGUGAGUGUGGACACUUUUAAGAAGAUGUGUCAGAGACACGAGAAACACAAAGAUAUCAUUGGCAGUGUUUGAUGGAAUAUUUACUUUAAGACAACACGGAAGUGAAACUGUAAAUCAAGGCAAAAACAAUUAGUGUGUAUACAGCCACAUGCAAGCACGCACACAAACCCACACAAACACACAGACACACACUCCUGACAGCUUUGACAAGGAGGAGUGUGCAAUGUUUUAUAAAUUCUCCAUGUAAAAUGCAGAAUAUUUUGAUAUCUGCCACAAGUGUCACAGCCAAAUCAAGACUCCUCAUGAGAUAGUAACAGUAUACAUGUACUCUGCUCUGAGUGGCAUCUGAUCUGAUGCUUUUUAAGACACCAUGUCCAUUUCCCACACAGUGCAGCCAUCAGUGUACUAGGGGGAAAAACUGCCUCAUAAAUAUACAUGGUUGUUUCUCUAGUAUGAACAAACAAGGAAGCAUCCCUGCUAAC